UGCUUUGCCUCUUCCUCUCUGCCCCGCCUCUGUCUCGACAUGUUCUAUUGGUUGAUCAUCCUACGAGUCCACAUGAGAGAAACACAGCAAAUUGAAUUUAGUCGUUUACGUCACUUUGUAGCUAUUUUCACCAAACUAAGAGCAUGUUUCGGCCUAUAGUUUCAUAUAAUACCAUUUCCACCGAUCAACUUCAGUUGAUAAAACGUAUUGUAAAAUGCAGUAUCGUAACUAGCUAAAUGUUAAAUCGAAAGAAUAGAUUUUAAAGGCAAACGCUUAUUUUCUUAUUCAGCUAACGCGUUAGCCAGCUACUGACUGUUUAGACCGCUAACUUCACACAGUAGUACACAUGGCUUCUGUCCUGAAAGUUCAAACCCUACAGGGUUUAAGAAUAUUUCAACAGAAAUUGAUAUGGACCAAAGGAUUUGUGCGGUUUGCCUCAAUUGGGCAAGGCAGGAUAGAAAAAGUCCUCAUUGCCAACAGAGGAGAAAUCGCCUGCCGUGUGAUGCGAACAGCAAAGAAGAUGGGUGUGCGCUCUGUGGCAGUAUACAGUGAUGCAGAUCGUCAUUCCAUGCAUGUGGCCAUGGCAGAUGAGGCCUAUAACAUUGGGCCAGCCGCAUCCCAGCAGAGUUACUUGUCCAUGGAGAAAGUCUUGGAGGUUGCCAAGAGAUCUGGAUCACAUGCUGUCCACCCAGGAUAUGGCUUCCUGUCAGAGAACACAGAGUUUUCUGAGGCAUGCAAACAGGAGGGUAUCAUCUUUAUUGGCCCUCCAUCAUCUGCUAUCAGAGACAUGGGUAUCAAAAGUACAUCAAAAUACAUAAUGUCAGCUGCGGGUGUUCCUAUCAUCGAGGGUUACCACGGAGAGGACCAAUCGGAUGAGAAGCUCCAAGCUGAGGCUGUCAGGAUAGGCUACCCAGUGAUGAUAAAGGCUGUGCGUGGCGGGGGCGGUAAAGGAAUGCGCAUUGCACACACCACGGAAGACUUCCAUGAUCAGCUUGAGUCUGCGAGACGAGAGGCUCGCAAGUCCUUCAAUGAUGAUGUCAUGCUAGUGGAGAAAUUUGUAGAGGACCCCAGACAUGUGGAGGUCCAGGUUUUUGGGGACCAGCAUGGAAAUGCUGUCUACCUGUUUGAGAGGGACUGCAGCGUGCAGAGAAGGCACCAGAAGAUCAUUGAGGAAGCACCAGGGCCUGGAAUUAGCGAGGAGGUGAGGCGGAAACUGGGUGAGGCAGCCGUAAGAGCAGCCAAAGCCGUCAACUAUGUGGGAGCAGGCACUGUGGAGUUCAUCAUGGAUGCACAGCACAACUUCUUCUUCAUGGAGAUGAACACGCGUCUGCAGGUGGAGCACCCUGUGACUGAGAUGAUCACUGGUACUGACCUGGUGGAGUGGCAGCUCAGGGUGGCUGCAGGCGAGAGGCUGCCGCUCCUGCAGGAGGAGAUAGAACUGAUGGGCCAUUCGUUUGAGGCCAGGAUAUACGCUGAGGACCCCAACAACGACUUCCUUCCUGGGGCAGGACCCCUCCUUCAUCUGUCUACACCCCUGGCAGACGAGUGCACACGCAUCGAGACAGGCGUCAGGGAAGGAGAUGAAGUGUCAGCCCACUACGACCCCAUGAUCGCUAAACUGGUGGUGUGGGGAGAGGACCGCUCUGCUGCUCUGAGGAAGCUCAGAUACUGCUUACGCCAGUACAACAUCGUAGGCCUCAACACCAAUAUUGACUUCCUGUUGAGUCUGUCUGGCCACCCAGAGUUUGAGGCGGGGAAUGUGACCACCAGCUUCAUCCCCCAGCACUAUGAGCAGCUGUUCCCCAAGCCCAGCCCUCCCUCCAGGGCCACACUGUGUCAGGCUGCCCUUGGCCUGCUGCUCAGAGAGAGGGCCAGCACUCGAACCUUCAGAGACCAGUCCGACGAUCCCUUCUCUCCUUUUGCCUCCAGUAACGGCAGGAGGGUGAACAUCCUAUAUAGUAGGAAUAUGACGCUCCAGCUGGGUGAAACUAAAGUGGAAUUAACGGUUACAUACAAUCCAGAUGGGACCUACUCUAUGGAGAUUGGAGGGGAAGUGUUCCAGGUGUCAGGGGAGGUGGAGACAGAGGGACAGACAUCAUUCCUGCACUGCUCUGUGAACGGGGUGAAGUCCCGGCCCAAACUGGUCAUCCUGGAUAACGCAGUACACCUCUUCUCUAUGGAGGGUAGUGCGGAGGUGAGCGUUCCAGUGCCCAAGUUCCUGGCUGGUGUGAGCACAGGAGCACAGAGAGGAGCUGUGGCACCCAUGACCGGGACCAUUGAGAAGGUGCUGGUGAAGGCAGGAGACACAGUGCAGAUGGGAGACUCCUUGAUGGUGAUGAAUGCCAUGAAAAUGGAGCACACCAUCCGAGCACCCAAAGCUGGAGUCAUCAAGAAGGUGUUUUUCAAGGAGGGCUCCCAGGCCAACCGACACGCAGCCCUGGUAGAGUUUGAGGAGGCCGCUGAGGAGGAAUAAUCUCAAUCUAAUCCUCAUGUGUGAAUAUCUAUUUGUGAACUUUGAGACUGUAAGAGUUACUGUAGAAAUCAAAUGAGGCAUUUUAAAAUUCAACGGGAAGGGUUGAUGCAUUUUCUAUAGGAGUAGCAAACUGCUGUACAAACCUAAGGGAACACACUACAGGUCCAUGUGGAUCACAUUGUACAGUUGCCAGAACAUUGCCUUCAUGUUUUGUGGCAGAAAUGUGUAGAUAUUCAACAAUACUGGUAUAUUUGCUUUGUUUUUUUUUCUAAUCCAAAUUUUCUGAUGGCUGUGUAGAAGUCUGGCUUUUGUACUAUUCUCUGCGCAGACUGCCAUCAUUGAAGUCGUUUGUGGUGUUGUCAAAAUGAUGGGUGAUUUAAAAAAAAAAAAAGGUCAUCAGUGAUUGGUUCUUCUCUAACCAAUCAGAAUUUUCAAAAUGCCACUUUACCAUCAGUUUCUGGGACCAAUCAGACGAUUCUAGAAUGGAUUUCCAUUCGGGGAGUUACUCCUCCACAAUGAGUCGAUCUAACGUCCAUGGGCAUGGCAUAGCAUUUGGCCAGAGCAAGGAAUUUGGAUAGCCAGGCAAUUUUCUUCUAGCUUCAGUUUUGUACAUGCUGCCACAUCUUCUAUAGCCUGGUCCCAGAUCUGUUUGUACUCAUUGUCAAGCCAAACAUGUUUGUGUCAUGUUGGCAUGAUAUCACAAACAGACUGGCACUCAGGCUACAUUUUAGUCUUGGAAAUCCCAGACCUAGGGCAACAUUGUGGGAGCCAACCAGUCUGUCUGGGAGACUAGCUACAUCUCAUAUGAUUCAGAUUCAAUCCAGGCUUUGAAAUUACAGUAAGGGCUCUCUCACAGCACUUCACCACAAAUAUUUAUGAAGAAUGUGAAAGAGAUAAUAUGACAAUUAAUCUGUGGAUUAACCCCUGCCUCCCCUGUAGUGGUUACUUUAGUCCAUAAACUAAUACCAUGGAAGAGAUGACUCAUCAUUAAACAACCAAUUUGAGAGAAGGGUGGUGCUGAAAUCAGUCAGGGUUAUAAAGUGUUGAAUCCCCCCAAGCACACACUCCUGACAACUUGUUUGGGGUAAGUUAUUAUGAAUGUCUGCUGUGAUCCAUUCAAUAGUGAGCCUAAUUGUUAUUGUGUUGCCGAAUUACCUUUUUCUAAAAGAUCACUUCAUAGAGAAACUCUCAAUGUCCUGUCAUUUCUUUUGUAGCUGUAUAGAGGUAUAUUGCUAUCUAAUGGUCAGUGUGUGUGAACAUUUGUUGCAUACACAUUCUACUGGAAAGGACAAAAAUUACACAUGCUUUUUAAAAACAUAUUUAUUCCGUAAAUAGAAUUUGCUUUAAACAUCAGCAAUCAACCCACUUCACUGACAGGAGUACAAUAAUUUUUUUUUUUAAUGAACAUGAUCAAGAGAAAUAAACAGCUGACUUCACAUCAGUGUCCUUGUAGAGACGUAUCCAUAUUGCCUUCAUAAAUUGAUUGAAACGUGACAAUCUGAACUAAAUGCUGCAUUUAUAUCAAAACUGAGUAACAACUGUAGCAAACAAGUACACUUCAUCAGAUAUGACCAAUGCUGACCAUGAUCAAUAGUAGUGCCAGAUAUAAUUACGAAUAUUGGUACCAUGCAAAUAAAUAUCAAGCUCCACUGACUUCUUGGACAAGUGUCUCCCAUUUCAAGCUACUGAGAGGUAUGUAACGGCUAAAAAUAGUAACCAUAUAAAAUCCCAUGAUUAUGUAUCUCGGCAAUAUUCGAAUAAAUAUGUAUGUCAUUGAUAGCAAGUUUAAAACGGUUGUCUCAAUGACCCUCGACUCAGGCAUUUCCAUUAUUGUGGGCUAAAGGCCCCAAAAGCUAAAGAGGAUACAGAGAGCUAAAGCAGUUGCGUUCAGUCCGUGAGGCUCUCGCCUGCCCUAUUACCAGUAAUGAGAUGGAAAUAAAUACAAACAUGAACAAGUGGUUAGUAAGAGACUAACAAAACAAAUAAAAACAUGAUUCAAAUGAUGAUAGGCAAUGAUUAGUGAAAGGCAAACAAAAACACAUUUGUGGCUUUGAAAACAACUAGAUGUGAAAGCUAUUAUUUUAUGUCAUCUUGGCAGCUAUUUCAUAUCUGGGUUGUUCCAUGAAAAGAGUGCCUUUUGUGACCCAUUGAUAUUGUAAGUAGAAAUUGUGCACCAAUAUUGAAUUUUAAAGCCUGUAUAUAUUAAAUGAAGUGCCCUUUAAUAUAGAACACAUGGAAAAUUCAAUAAAUCUGAUUUUAUUUUGAAUAAAGACUUGCCAAAAUUAAGCAUUUUGACAUGUCCCUCUGCACCCUCUAAGAUGAUUUUAACCCACUUAACCUGAAUAUUUCUCCAAGUUUUACCAUCAUUGUAAAGCCCUACUUAUUUAGUUGCUUUGCAUUUCAGAAAUGUUUUUAUUUUAUGUUAUCAGUGAUUCAUUAAAAAAACAGUUUUGAGUGGAUUUGCCCAUUAAUAUGGUGAAACUAUUCCUUUAUUUUUGGGGGGCCAUUAUCUGGUGUUUUGUGGUGGAAAACAGUGAUUUGAGCAUAACACGUCAACCCUGUUAUCUGUAGAGGCUAGAAAUGUUGAGAAG